UACUACUCCCUCAGUUCGGAAUUACUAGUCUAAGAAAUGAAUGUAUCUAUAUGUAUUUUAGUUGUAGAUACAUCCAUUUUUAUUCAUUUUUGUGACAAGUAAUUCCGAAUGGAGGGAGUACUUCUACCGUUCUACGGCCACACUGCAUUCAGCUUAAGCAGAUUGGGACUUGCUGUCCAUGCAAACUUGCAUGGUGUCCGUAUUUACAUUUCGAUUGAAGAUUAAUCGUAGCCGUACUACCAUGUUGUUGUGAUCAUUCAUACGCUGGAAGCCUGGAAGUACUAUAUUAGCGACAGGGUUAGAGUAUUUGGUCACUCGGGAUAAUUUUUUUUGCGUCUUCGUGUUUAGGGACACUAUUGAUUUUUCAGCUGGGGAUAUCCUGUGCCCACUGCCCAACUUUAAAGUAAAGAGGCUUGUCACUUUCAGUAUUUUCGUUUUCACUUCCCAUCAGAAAAAUAUGAUCCCAUAUUUUUCUCCAGUAUAACAGGAACGGUAACCAGGGUCAGUCAGGAUUUUGCACAAAUAAUAAGAAAUAAAACCAAAUGAAUCAUGUAGUCCAAAGCACUCCAGGAAUAGUGUCAGAAUGGAAGCUUAUUCAUGGUCAUGACCAGCCUUAUGGCAUUAAGCCGUUAGCCUGUUCUUGGUAGUAUUUCUGUAAACGUGGUAGUUUCUCCUCUCACAUUCUAGUUAAAUUGAAUGGUCAUACUUUCUGAACUGUGUUACUGUUCAUUGCUUCUUCAGUGUGUUGAAUUUGUUGAACAGGACUUUGCCUGAUAAUUCGUGUUCAUACUUCACAUUGAUCAGCACGCUGAUGGUAUAAUAAAAAUGAAUUGUGUGGACUGUAAAGAUAAAUUGCAAGAGGAAGAAACUGAUGAACCCCAGAAUUAUACAUAUGGAGAUUUUGGUGAGAAGUGCUUUGGGACUAUAGGUCGGUGCUUGACGGAAAUUCUCAUUCUUAUCUCACAAGCGGGUGGUUCUGUAGCUUACCUAGUAUUCAUUGGUGAAAAUCUGCAUUCUGUGUUUAGCCAGUCGAUGUCAUCAGCUGGCUUCAUCUUUGCCGUCCUCUUGCCUGUGCAAAUCACGUUGUCCUUCAUUCUUUCACUAUCCUCUCUUUCACCAUUCAGUAUAUUUGCUGAUGUGUGCAAUGUCCUAGCGGUGGCAAUGGUUAUCAGAAAAGAUCUUCAACUAAUUGAUCAUCCUUUUGCAAAUAGAAGUGCUUUUAAUGGAGUUUUGGCGAUACCUUUCGCUUUUGGAGUCGCGGUCUUCUGCUUUGAAGGAUUCAGCAUGACAUUGGCACUAGAAUCAUCAAUGGCAGAACGUAGAAAGUUCCGUUGGGUACUUUCUCAAGCAGUUGUCGGCAUCAUAGUUGUGUAUGCAUGUUUUGGAGUAUGUGGGUACAUGGCCUAUGGUGAGGCUACCAAGGACAUCAUAACACUUAAUCUUCCCAAUACUUGGUCAUCUGCUGCUGUUAAGGUUGUCCUAUGCAUUGCACUAGCAUUCACAUUCCCAGUUAUGAUGCACCCGAUCCACGAGAUUGUGGAGGCAAGGCUCAGAUCAAGUGGAUGCUUCCAGAAGCUCUCCCACAGUGUUCCUUGUGCCGAAUGGCUAGGCCUGCACUCGAGCCGCAUCAUCAUGGUGACUAUUUUAACUGUGAUGGCAUCCUUCAUACCUGCAUUUGGGUCCUUCGUCUCCUUUGUUGGGUGCACAGUCUGUGCGCUGCUCUCCUUUGUGCUACCUACCUUCUUCCACCUCAACAUCGUAGGAUCGUCAAUGAGCAUAUGGAGAAGAGUGCUGGACUACGGCUUCCUUCUCUUUGGCCUUGGUUUUGCUGGUUAUGGAAUAUUCACUGCUCUCUCGUCACACUGACUGAUGAAGUAAUGACAAAAUGUCCAAGAUCUGCAAAUUAGGGUUUAUUUCUUAGGAAGACGUGUCUGGAGAGAAAUAUCUGCUGCCAUGGGAUAACAUGCAUCAAAUUGAGAAGACUUUCAUACUCAGCUGAUUAUCCCCUGCCUUGGUUUGAUUUGUAGGUGGUGGUGUACUUUAUAUGUAUCUUUACCUUUCGUAUCAUUUUAAAAAAAUGUGUUCAUAGGAGGCAACAUUUUUUUCCGAUAAAGGGCAUUCUUUAUUGACUCGUAA